UGAACUUGAGCCGAACCAGUUAUUCGACAGUAACCGAAAUACGUUGACCUUUUAUACCGAUCCCACAGCUCGGUAUUCUAUUCAUGAUGGUGCUGCCUAGCUUUCUUUCAGGACUAUUCCUAGUGUUCGCGGUACAGUGCCAGUAUCUUGUCCGGAGAGACUGCACUUUCUCCGUCUCCGCAUCUGCUGGCGAUACUUGCUCGUCUCUCGCCAGCUACUGGGGAAUCACAUUAACCCAGUUUCAAAGCUACAACCCAGGUGUCGACUGCAACAAGGAUCUCACAGCCAAUACCAACUACUGCAUCGAGUGGGAUGACGGACAACCGCCACCUACUAGCACCACCACGACAUCCAGUACGACUUCAGCGACUUUAACAACACCCUCUGGACCAUCCCCUACACAGACUGGCAUUACCUCGAACUGUGACGCAUACUACAAGGUUGUCUCAGGCGAUACUUGCCAAAAGAUCGUCAAAUAUUUCGGAAAUUUCACUCUUACAGACUUCUACAACUGGAAUAUGGCUGUUGGUUCAGACUGCUCCCAGCUUUUUCUUGGUUUUUAUUAUUGCGUGGGAACAACCUCGAGUGGAAACGCGACCACCACUACGACUGCCACUCGUUCUACCACUACGGGUCCACCCCAACCGGAGCAGACUGGAAUUAUUUCAACAUGUACGUCUUACUACAAGGUCGGGUCAGGAGACACUUGUUCGCAGAUCGUGGACAAGUAUGGCACAUUUACCCUCAAAGACUUUCUUUCAUGGAACCCAGCUGUCGGCUCGGACUGUUCCCAGCUCUUUAUCGGCUAUUACGUGUGUGUCGGUAUCCCCGGGACGCCCACAAGCCGGCCCGCGGCAACAAGCAAAACCACAACCAGUACUGCGACUGGGCCUACGCCAACGCAGACUGGCGUAGCAGCAAACUGCAACUCUUAUUAUCUCGUCAAGUCCAGCGACUCUUGCCAGAAAAUCAUCGAUAAUUAUGGUAAUAAGUUCACAUUGAAGCAGUUCUACAUCUGGAAUCCGGCUGUCGGUUCGGACUGCUCCAAACUUUGGGUGGGCUAUUACGUCUGCGUCGGCGUCAGGUCUUGA